AGUGUUAAUGUGUUGGGCCUGUUACGUUAAAGCGGAACUGCACACUAAAACAGGAUUUUGAGCAGGUGACUAAAUGGUAUAAUUGUUCUCCGUUUAACUUUAUAUUAAAUCAUGAUGAUCAUCCUUAAUGCCCUCUAGCCACAAGUCACAGGGUUAGAAAUGAGGAUGUUUCACAAUGCUGUGGUGGGUGGAGUUGGACUCAUACCUUGAGGGGAUAUUACACAAUAUUAAGAUUCUGCAGGAGUAACACCUGAAGGCGUGUCAUGUGCAGAGUCUCAGCGGAGGCUCUCCGACAGGAUAAAAGCAGCCGGACGACAUCACAGAUCAUCACUCUGGAAGCUCCAGCUGAACGACCAGGAGACUCUCACAAGACUCUGAUCAUCACAACUUCCCCAGGUGAGGACAGAAAGAGACAGGUUGGUGAAAUGGCCUCAAAUCAAAUGGAAGUUGCUUCCCUGGGUCGACCUUUCACCCUCGGAAUGCUCUAUGAUGCUCAAAGAGAUGCACUGAUCACAGGUUUGACCUUGUGGGAUGAGAAAACUCUACAAGGGAAGACGAUUAAAAAUCCUAAACCCAGCAGUGAAUUUGUCAUUACUGAUUCUGACACCAUUGAAUCAAAGUCCUCUCUGCUGGAUGUUAAUGCUUCUCUGAAGGCCAGCUUCCUCUCUGGGCUGAUUGAAGUGGAAGGAUCUGCUCACUACCUGAAAGAUGAGAAAGAAUUCAAGAAUCAGAGCAGAGUGACUAGUGAGUACAAAUCUACAACCCGCUUGGAACAGUUGUCAAUAACUGACCUGAUGACCUUAGAAGAUCAUCAAAAGGACGUCAUCAACAAGAGCUCUGCAACACACAUAGUGACAGGCAUCCUUUAUGGGGCCAAUGCUUUCUUUGUGUUUGACAGUGAAAAGUUAGACAGCAGCAGCGUUCAAGAAAUCGAGGGCAGCAUGAAAGCUAUGAUGACAAAGAUCCCCUCAUUAAGUCUUGAGGGAAACGUUGAAGUCAAGCUGAAUGAGGGAGAAAAAGCCCUGAGUGCUUCAGUGUCCUGCAAAUUCUUCGGAGACUUCAUCCUUCAAAGCAUCCCUUUAACAUACGAAGAUGCAGUGAAGACCUUUGGAGAACUUCCACAGUUACUGGGGGAAAAUAGAGAGAAAGCUGUCCCAAUGAAGGUCUGGCUGAUGCCAUUGACUACUUUAUAUGGAGAUGCUGCUGAGCUCAAGAGUGAGAUCAGCGGUGGACUGUUGGGGAAGAUACAGCAUACUCUUGAAGAUUUGAGGGAAAUCCGAAUGAGAAGCAACGAAUCUCUUAAAGACAGAGUGGUACAGAACAUUCCACAUAUUACAGAAGAGUUAGACAAUUUCCAGAAGUUGUGUCACCUCUAUACAUCAAACCUCCAGGGGACCCUGAAGGAGAAACUCCCCUCCAUUCGUGAAGGUAAAGAAGAUGAGAGCUCACUAGAAAAAACCAUUGACAACAGAAACGAGUCCCCAUUCAGUCAAGAAAAACUACUCAAGUGGCUGAAUAAUAAGGAAAGAGAAAUCAACAUCAUCAAAUCCUGUGUGGAGACCAUGGAGGGAACAAAGAUUGUCAAAAAUCAGUCCGAGCUCGACAGAGAGGUUCUUGAUGGAGAUGUAGACAAUGCUUACUGCUUUGUUUUCACCUCCACCAAACGGGGCGACACUUACCUUGAUGAGAUGGCCACAUAUUUGGGCACUCCUAUAAAGGGGAGCACCACUGAAGACAAGUGGUUCUACUCAGAGGAAGUCUGGACCUCUCUGAGACAAAAAGCCAAAGCUUUCCAAGACUUCAAUAAAGCAGAGAAGGACAACAACCGGUUCCGUUUCCUUAUUGCAGUCAUUCCAAAUGAGAAAUACAAAGGAGCAACAAUCUACCAUUUCAAGAAAGGCAUCCUGCUCAGCGAAGAUUUCUCAGGACCUGACCUUGAUCCUGAGAAGAUCAUAGACAGAAGAGUUCUGACUUGGUAUGCCUGUGAUCUCACCCUUGACCCAAACACUGUCCAGAAUAACCUCGUUCUGUCUGAUGGAAACAAGACGGCAACACGUGGAUCAAAGCAGCAACAAUAUCCUGAUAACCCAGAGAGGUUUGAUAAACAGACACAGGUGUUGUGCCAAGAGGGUUUAAACGGGUGCCAUUACUGGGAGGUAGAUUGGGAUAAUGCUUCUUCUUUCAAAUCUAUUUAUGUAGCUGUUGUGUACAAGACCAUAACAAGAAAGGGAGAUGGUUCAGAUAGCGAAUUUGGAAAUAAUACCCAAUCGUGGACUUUUGGCCAGUGGAAAAAAGAUGGAGAACACGAAGUAUCUGCAUGGCACAAUGGAAAGGUGUGGCAAACUUCUUUUCCCUCUGGUGGCUGCUCCACACUCGGUGUGUAUCUGAACUGGCCUGCAGGCACUCUGUCCUUCUACAAAGUCUCCUCCAACACACUGACACACCUCUACACCUAUCGCACCACCUUCACUGAGCUCGUGUUCCCAGGCUUCUGGGUUUACGAGGAGGGAAACUGGGCCUCCCUGCGUCCUUUUAAUUAGGACCAAUGCUGGUGACUUGUUGGAUCCUUGGUCUGUUAAUAGAGGGACGGGGUUACAAGUAAAGUUUUAAAGGUAAAAAGGCAUCACAUGUUCCAUUGAACUUGUUUUAACAAAUCCAAAAGUGUAAAAUACAUUUAAAAACAAAAUGUAUAAUUUUCUGGUGUCUACUUUUUCAGCUGAUGCAGACCCUGCUUUAAACUCAGAUUGAACUGAUUUGUGAAUCCCAUUUUAAUUUCUAUUCUUACUCCUUUUAGAGCUUUGACAACACUAAUGUUCAAAAGCUAAUGUCAAAACCUGUGUAACUACUUUGUCAUUUUGUAAAUGGUCAACUGGGCUUUGUACCAAUUAUGUACCUUAAUUCUGACCAACUUUAAUAAAGUACUCUCCUGCAAUGUUU